CUCCAUCUACCUUCCACCCUAUACUACAGUCAUUACUUGUUUAGGUGUGUAACGACGCGCCUUUUCAUUUCAGUCUACUGCGUCCCCGGCGGCAAUCUUACUUUCGAUGCGUGAGAGUUUGAGCAUUUCAGCAGCCGAGCAGAAUCAUUUGCAGUAUGGCUUUGGAUACAGACAAGAACAGACAACGUUUGAAAAAGCUUGUGAGCAAACCUGGGAAUGGAAACUGUGCCGAUUGCGGAGCUGCAGAUCCCGAGUGGGCAUCCUACACCCUGGGAGUGUUUGUGUGUCAGAGCUGCUCUGCCCUCCAUAGAAACAUUGCCCAGGUCAGCAAGGUGAAAUCUAUGUUGCUGGAUCCUUGGAGCAAGUCUGAGGUGGAGUUUAUGGACUCGAUGGGUAACAAUGCUGCUAAGGCCAAACAUGAACAGAUAGUUCCUGCCUUCUACUACCAGCCCACACACAAAGACUGCAUGCUUCUGCGGGAUCAAUGGAUCCGAGCCAAGUAUGAGAGGAAGGAGUUUGUGUGUGUGGAAAGACAGGAGCCUUACUCGGCAGGCUACAGAGAGGGGUUUCUAUGGAAACGAGGCAGAGACAACGGACAGUACCUCAGCCGAAAAUUUAUCCUGUCUGAACGGGAGGGUGUUCUGAAGUACUUCAACAAGCAUGAUGCCAGAGAGCCCAAAGCGAUAAUGAAGAUCAAUACAGUGAAUGCCACUUUCCAGCCAGAAAAGAUUGGCACUGCUCAUGCCCUACAGAUAACGUAUUUAAAGGACAACAGUACUAGGAAUAUCUUUGUUUACCAUGAGGAUGGGAAGGAAAUGGUGGACUGGUUCAACGCCAUCAGGGCAGCCAGGUUUCACUACCUGCAGGUGGCUUUUCCUGGAGCUCUCACGUCUGAUUUGUUGCCAAAGCUAACCAGAAACUACAUAAAGGAGGGUUAUAUGGAGAAAACUGGUCCAAAGCACACUGAGGGCUUCAAGAAGAGGUGGUUCACAAUGGAUGACAGGAGGCUCAUGUACUUCAAAGAUCCAUUGGACGCUUAUGCACGAGGUGAGGUAUUCAUCGGUAGUAAGGAAAACAGCUACACUGCGCUUGCUGGCCUCCCUCCCAACAUUCAAGGCUUCCAUUGGCAGUUUGGAAUCACCAUAGUAACCCCAGACAGGAAGUUCCUUUUUACGUGUGAGACUGAAGAGGACCAGAAAGACUGGAUUGCUGCAUUUUGGACUGUUAUCAACCGACCGAUGCUGCCUCAGGAGUAUGCAGUGGAGGCCUAUUUUAAGCACAAACCGUGACUUGUCUUAGUGUUUGAAUAACUACUGAGGGGUAGGAAGUGGAGCUGGAGGAAGACAUGAUGGACCUAAGAUGCAUUUUACUUAUAAUGGAAGCCGCUAUAAAAACUAAAGGGUGACCAUUCACACAGUUCAUUUUAAGCUGCCCUGUCGUCCUGCUCAACCUCACCCAAAUCUUGUGCCAGAUUCAAGUCAAGGGAGUCACAAUAACUCCUAUAUUUAUGUUGUGGAGCUCAUGAACGUUAGUCUAACUCACUCAUCUGUCAUGUGAUGUGACAUACAUACUUGAACGAGGUCAGUUAUCCUGACCUGAAUGUGCAGAAGUUACAUCUAUGUGUGGGAGUCAGAACUGUGGCUCAGAGAUUUUUGAUCUUCUCUGUUCUCAGUAAUAUAAGUCAACAUGUGACUGAAUUUACCUUGCAGAUGUCAACCAAGUAUAAACACCAGCCUUCUGGGCAGUUAUAGCAGACUAACGCAAACAUUAUCUGACACAGGACUAUAAUAUCUUGGUAGGAAGUAUUUAUACAUGUGACAUGCGGAUACUCACAUACAUACUCACAUUUAUGUCCAUGCACCAUGUCUAAUUCAUAAUGUAUUUUUUACUGUCUCAUUUGCUAUUUGCAGCUUUUAAUGUCAAGCACUGCAAGCACAAUAAGUUAUAUUUUGCUUUUCUGUGUAUUUUCAAGCAGCUGAAUGUAAAGCACUUUUUGUGAUCAUUAUCACUUUCCUUGCAUUUCUUUGUCUCGUUUUGUAAAAUUGUGAUAAAAUUGUUUGCUCUCAUGUCAUAUGAUUAGUUGUCCUCUAGAGGGAGACAAAGGAAAGGUUUUAAACUUACUCUCACCUCCAGAAGCACUUAAACCACUGACUGAAGGUGUGUGCAGUAAAUUAUUUAAGUGUUGAAGCAAACCAUGUUAUUGUGCAUUAUUGAUCGUGUUCAUACAAACCAUGUGAGCGUGGAUGCCCGCCGCCAAAG